CCAAGGCUUGACCAGGCCAGGCACUGCCAGGGGAAUGAGUAACCUUGUCGAAUUAUGGGUCGGGUGUCCUGCUUAAUAUCAAGCGACGAGCCACUUCGGUGGAGGGAAUUCCAGUUUGCAUUUCCUGCUCACCAAGAUCGUCGCUUCUUCGUCGCUGAACAUCGGCGGUGUUCAGAGACAAUUGUCUUCAUAAAGUAAUUCCCUGUCGCACCUUCACUGGUCGCUGAUCUUCAGAAGGGACAUUAGGGGGUUCUUUCACCGAAGCAUUGCAUUCGCUAAACGCUACGCCAGCUCACCCCACAUUGCAAACGAAGCCCGGAAUAUCGCAUAUCUUCGAAAUCCCAAACACUUUGCUGGAUAACGCACCACAAUCAUUUAACACACUAUACACAUAGACAAAUUCUCUGUAAUUUGCCGGACAACAUACAGGGCACAUUCUUUUGCACUCCAGGACGCCAGUCGUCUUUUACAAACACACUCUUACCCAUCUUCUUGAGCAAAAUACAACCUCAAACGACUACAUCAUGACUUCACAAUUUCGAUUCCUGGCUCUGGCAGCCAUGACAAGCGUGGUCUCCGCGCAGAACAAAACGGCCCCGGCUCAGUCAGCGACUGCCUCUGCUGCAGCUGCUGCGCUUAAGAAGAAGGCCAAGGCUCUCAAUCAGGACUUUUAUAACUACAUUUUCAUUAUAUUAGCCUCCUUGAUUGUAGGGCUGACGAUUUGGAGGGUUACCAUCGAAUCAGUAAAGUAUGUCCGAAGAUUAACAUGUCUAAACAACGAGACCCAAGGAUACUUCAGAAUACCGUCACAACGAUUCGCUAGUGUCAAAAAGCACAUUCUCUACGCUCCUAUCAUUUCCAAAAGACACAAUCGGGAAAUUCAAUUAUCUUCAGCAAUGAACGUCGGAACCUUACCCACUCGCUUCCAAUUGGCCUUCCUUGCUGCAAUGUUUGGCAGUAAUAUCGCUUUCUGUUUGGUCGGUAUUUCUUGGAGUGAGCCUUUCGCUACCGUUGCCGUGCAGUUGAGAAAUAGAACUGGAAUACUUGCAACUGUCAACAUGGUAUGGACCCUCAAAAUUCAAUAUCACGCGGCACGUAGCUAAUCCUUUUAUUAUUACAGGUCCCUCUUUUUAUCAUGGCCACCAGAAACAAUCCUCUCAUUAACUGGCUCAAUCUUUCUUUCGAUACGUUUAACUUAUUGCAUAGAUGGUUUGGAAGAAUCGUUGUCUUCGAGGCUCUAGCUCACACGGCAGCAUAUCUUUCAAAUGCGGUCAGAAAUAAAGGUUGGGAUGGCUUUGUAAAGUCUCUCAGCACUUCCCCGUUGAUCAUGUGGGGAUUUAUCGUACGUUGCUACCACUCGGCUUCCCAUCGAGAGUAUGCUAACAUCAGUAGGGCACGGUCGCUUUCCUGUUCAUGUCAAUCCAAGCCAGUUCCAUCCUCCGUCACGCCUUUUAUGAGACUUUCAAGUACCUCCACAUCGCAUCAGCUGUCCUUGCUCUCAUUGCAGUCUGGUAUCAUCUCGUCGCUGCGGAAGUUCCUCAUCUACAGCUUGUUUACGGUUGCAUUGGGAUCUGGGUUCUUGAACGACUUACACGUAUUUUGAACAUUUUCUACAGAAACGUUGGUAAUGGAGGAAGCAAAACAUUGGUAGAGGCUCUCCCGGGAAAUGCCUGCAGAGUCACGGUCGAUAUGGCCCGUCCAUGGAACUUCAAGCCAGGUCAACACGCAUACCUCUACAUGCCAGCCGUUGGACUUUUUACCUCGCACCCCUUUUCCGUCGCUUGGUCCGAGGAAGCCGAACGCCCAGACAGUGAGAAAAUCGCUAUGAAUCGUCAAGACAUCCUCGCUAUGCAAAAGACCUCUAUCUCAUUCGUCAUCCGUGCCCGAACUGGAUUCACAAAUACAUUAUACAAGAAGGCUGAGGCAGCCCCAGACGGGAAACUAAUCACCAAGUGUUACGUGGAGGGGCCAUACGGAGGCAUGCACAUGAUGCAUUCUUACGGAACUGUCAUGCUUUUUGCAGGGGGAAUUGGUAUUACUCACCAAGUUCCUCACGUCCGUGAUCUUGUUGCGGGCUACGCCAAUGGAACCGUCGCGGCUCGCAAGGUUGUUCUCGUCUGGAUCAUUCAAUCCCCAGAGCAUUUGGAAUGGAUCCGACCUUGGAUGACAGCCAUCCUCGCCAUGGACAAGAGACGUGAAGUCCUCCGCAUCAUGCUCUUCGUCAGUCGUCCCCGAUCCACCAAGGAGAUUCACAGCCCUUCGGCAACUGUCCAGAUGUUCCCUGGUCGACCUAAUAUCGAGACUCUCAUUGACAUCGAGAUGGAAAACCAAAUCGGGGCCAUGGGUGUGACCGUCUGCGGAGGUGGUGCGCUGAGUGAUGAUGUUCGAGCUGCGUGCCGAGCCAGACAAAACGCCACCAACCUCGACUUCAUUGAGGAGGCUUUCUCUUGGUAAUUUAUUCGCAAUUAGUUUGACGAAAAGCGACCAUUUUGCAAGAUUUUAGCGUAUGAUAUCCCCUUCUCACUCAACACAUUCACUGUUUGGGUGGUAGUUAUUGUUUUUUUUUGGGGGGGGUAAACCAUUGAGGGGUUGGAUAGCCAUUUAUUGAAUUGGCAUGGACUGGAUGGUUCGGGGGUACUUUUCUUUGUGAAUAUUCGAAUCUUUAGACACUUCUUGUACAUGGUAGGAUAACUGGGGCGGUGGGAGUGGUAUCUACUCGUAGAUGGGAUGGGAUGGGAUGGGAAUGAUGAGAAGGGGAAGGAUGUACAAUGCGUGCAGGAUACUAUUACACGAGCUUUGUUCCUGCCUGAACCAGAAAGAAGAAUCAUGAAGAUGAAUUAG